AAGCCGUUAGCAGCAGCCUGCUAUAUUCUUGAGCCGCCCUAAGCACUGAAAAGGGGAAUAACAAGAGCAACUGCGCAUAGAGUUUUACAUUUAUCUUUAGGAUUAGUUCGUCGGAUGUUGAAAUUAGGUGUGCAUAUUCAUCUGCUUUGAUAUUACAAACGGUAAAGACGGACUGUCGUGACUAACAGCCAUGGAAACAUGUCUACUUUUGACAGCUAACGUUAGCUAACGAUAUUAUGCCUUCUUCCUUCUAGAAAAGCUAACGAGUUAGCCAUCCGCUGCAGCGUAGCAUCUUAGCUUCGACAUGGCUCUGACUGAAAGCUAAUUAACGGUGCACAUUACUCCGUCGCUGGAGACGGUGCUAUUUGUGCCAGAAAAAGAAAAUUAUCUAAUUUUAUAUUUAACUUAAUGGUUAACAGAAUUAUGCGACAACACCUAGCGUUACCACUCGGAGAUUCAGUGUAAAGCCUGCAUGCUUGGUAUUCUUUUUUUCUUUUGAGGUAAGGUAAAUUUUAGUCAGUGAUUAGUCGUUGUAAUUUAAAGCAAAGUCAAAGACGCCAAGCUCUGCUAGCUAGCUGAGUAGAGUAUCGAUCUAAGAAGCCGAGCAGACCAUGAUGAGCUGCGGUUACACCUUAGCUAACGAAAGCUACAGAACUGGUUAGCUAGGUAGCUAAUGCUGGCUAAUUGCUGUAACGGUCAAUAACAAGACGAAGAAAAAGCUUCAAAGCCUGCUAAACAUGGCUUCAGAGGAGGCAUCACUGCGGGCUCUGGAAAGCCUCAUGACAGAGUUUUUUCACAGCUGCACCACCAAUGAGCGAAAAAGAGAAAUAGAAGAGCUGCUAAAUAACUUCGCACAGCAGACUGGAGCAUGGCGCCACUGCUUGUUCUUCCUCUCCAAUACUCGAAAUGAGUAUGUAAUGAUGUACAGCCUCACAGUAUUUGAAAACCUGGUGAACAAAAUGUGGAUCGGUGUCGCUUCACAAGAUAAGAUGGAGAUUCGCAGCUGUCUGCCCAAACUCCUCCUCGCUCAGCACAAAUCAGUCCCCUAUUUCAUCCGUAACAAACUCUGCAAAGUCAUUGUGGACAUCGGUCGCCAGGACUGGCCAAUGUUCUAUCAUGAUUUCUUUACUAACACUCUUCAGUUGAUCCAGUCUCCAGCUCUGGCUCCCCUGGGGUUGGUGAUGUUGAAGACCACAUCAGAGGAGCUUGCAUGUCCUCGAGAAGACCUGUGCGUGGCCAGGAAGGAGGAGCUGCGUAAACUGCUGAUGGAGCAGGUACCGACUGUUCUUGGACUGUUGACGGGUAUACUGGAGACCUAUUGGGACAAGCACAGUGUCAUUGCUUCCACUCCACCUCCUUCACCCACCUCUGGGGAAAGCAUGGAAUUGCUGGGCAAUUUAUUUCAGGGCAGCCAGUACUCAAAGCUGCUUUGCCAGCCCAUGGCAGCAUUGGACAGUGAGAGUCAGCAGCUCUGUUGUCUUGUUUUGGAGUGUUUGGCUCACCUGUUUAGCUGGAUCCCUCUGUCCACCAGCAUCACUCCCACCCUGUUGGCUUCCAUUUUCCACUUUGCACGUUUUGGUUGUGAUUUAAGGACAAAGGCAAAGACAGGAUCCUUCAUCUCCUCCAACUCCUCUUCCUCUAAUGGGCAACUUAAUCCAGGGACAAUGCCACCAACAUCAAAUGGUGGGGGGCGAAACGGACAGCCAAGUGAGGGCAGUAAGGUGGAUCGAGCCCGGCUUGGUGUCCUCGCUAUGACAUGUGUCAAUGAGCUGGUUUCUAAGAACUGUGUGCCAAUGGAUUUUGAGGAGUACCUGCUGCGCAUGUUCCAGCAGACCUUUUUUCUUCUGCAGAGGCUGACACGAGAGAAUAAUGCUCAUACAGUCAAGAGCCGCUUACAGGAACUAGACGAGAGUUACCUGGAAAAGUUCACAGAUUUUCUCCGCCUGUUUGUCAGUGUUCACUUGAGGAGGAUUGAGUCCAGUCCUCAGUUUCCAAUAGUAGAGUUUCUGGCCCUACUUUUCAAAUACACCUUUAACCAGCCUACCCAUGAAGGCUACUUUGCCUGUUUGGAUAUAUGGAGUGUGUUUUUGGAUUUCUUAACAACCAAAAUUAAAAGCAGGCUGGCUGACAGAGAAAGUGUUCUAAAUAGGUACAAAGAUGCUUUAGUUCUUCUGUUAAGGGAAGUCCUGAAUCGUAUACAGUUCAGAUACAAUCAGGCCCAACUAGAGGAGCUGGAUGAUGAGACUCUGGACGAUGAUCAACAGACAGAGUGGCAAAGGUACCUGCGUCAGAGUCUGGAGGUAGUUGCCAAGGUGAUGGAGCUACUCCCGUCCCAUGCAUUUUCCACUCUGUUUCCAGUCCUCCAAGAAAAUCUGGAUGUGUACAUGGGUUUGCAGCAGUUUAUCGUCACCACUGGAACAACUCGGAGGCUAAACAUCACUGCAGAAAAUGAUUGUCGUCGCCUUCACUGUUCUCUCAGGGACCUCAGCUCCCUUCUCCAAGCUGUCGGACGCUUGGCCGAACAUUUCAUCGGGGAAAUUUUUGCAGCACGUUUUAGUGAUGCCCUGGCAGUGGUGGAGAGGUUGGUUGAAGUGACCUGCUACGGCUCUCAGACAACCCUUUAUGACCUGGAGACCGCUGUGCCUUCUGUGCUCAAGCCAGACCUCAUUGAUGUACAUGCACAGGCCCUUGCUGCUCUGCAAGCCUACUCCCAUUGGCUCGCACAGUUCUACAGCGAGGUCCACAGUCAAAACCCAAGCCAGUUCAUCACACUCAUCACGUCUGCAAUCGAUGCCAGUAGCCCACUCAUCACAGCCAAGGUACCCGAUAAGUUACUACUCUCAGCCUGUCAUCUGAUGGUUUCCAUAACCUCCACGGUGCGGCCAGUGUUUUUGGUCACUCUGCCAGCUGUUCAGAACAUCUUCAACCUCAUUACUACCGAGACGCAGACCCGCAGACUUCCUCAGGAGGCCCACUUGUUGGUGUGCAGGGCAUUGUCCAACAUGCUGUUGCUCCCAUGGCCAAACCUACCCGAGAGUGAGCAGCAGUGGCCAACUCGCUCCAGCAAUCACGUCAGCCUGCUGGCCGCUCUCACCCGGGAAUAUCGCAUUUUAAGAGGAACAGUGAACAUCACUCCGAGACAGCCCGAUCUGGAUAACAUGAAAGCUGUGAUUCACCAAACCCUCCCCGUGCUCAGAGACAUCGUGGACAGCAUCUCUGGAGAAUCCACCAAAUCACGUCAGAUCUGUUACCAGAGCCUUCAGGAGUCAGUCCAAGUGUCCCUCAACCUUUUCCCAGUCUUUAUUCAGCACCCAGAUGUGACAGACGAGAUGUUGGCCUUCUUCUUGACGCUGUUUCAGGCAUUGCGAGUCCAGAUGGGCGUUGCCUUCACAGGGCAGAUCAUUCACACUUUCCUCAGCAUGUUCACUAGGGAACAGCUAGCAGCCAGUAUUUUGCAGGAGGGCAGUGCAGGAUGUAGAGUGGUACAGAAGUUCCUUAAAAUCCUGCAGGUGGUGGUCCAGGAGCCCGGUCAAGCCUUCAAACCUUUCCUGCCCAGCAUCCUGUCUCUGUGCAUGGAGCAGGUUUACCCGGUUGUGGCAGAGCGGUCUUCCCCGGAUGUCAAGGCUGAGAUGUUUGAACUACUAUACCAAAUACUUCACCAAAACUGGAGGUACUUCUUCAAAACUUCUGUCUUAACAAGUGUCCAAAGAGGAACAGCUGACGAUACCAUGGAGAAUGAGGCCCAGUUCACAGCUGCCAUGCAGGCUUUUGGACAGUCUUUCCUGCAGCCUGACAUCCACAUCUUCAGGCAGAACCUGUCUUAUCUGGAGUCACUGAACAGCAAGCACAAGUUAUACCACAGAAAGCUUUUCCGGACCUCAAUGCUCUUCCACUUCAUCAACGUGCUGCUGCAGGUCCUCCUCCACAAAAGUCAUGACCUCCUGCAGGAGGAAAUCACUGUCGCUAUUUACAACAUGGCCUCCGUUGACUUCGAUGCCUUCUACUCGGCCUUUAUGCCAGAGUUCCUCAACGGCUGUCAGGGUGUGGAUACCAGCCAACGAGCUGUUCUAGCACGCAACUUCAAGCUUGAACGGGACUUGCCUUCAUUCACUCAAAGCGUGCAGCGGCUGGUGAAUGACCUUCGCUACUACAGACUGUGUAACAGUAGCCUGCCCACUGGCACCAUCAAGCUAUAGCACAAAGACUGCUGAACCACUCCACACAUCCACUCUGAUCUUCAAGGACUGCCUGUGCUGACCACUUUGCCCAACACUCCUUCUCCAGUUCGGUUAGCGCCUCCUACUCUGUGAUAGGACGGAGCGUCACAGAUGGUGUUGUUGAGGAACUGGAGGUUGAGGAUGCUGCUGAUUUUUCUCUUUGAUUUCUACUGUAGAAGGUUGGUGCAUUAAUAUUUUUAAAGCAGCACCCUCCUUACGCCAUGCCAAUGAAAAUUUGGCGUGAAAUGUAAACCUGGUCUGCAGUCGGCUUUAGCCCAGACCUGGAGCAGUCUGAGCCGGGCCUUCUCUCCCACGCCCUCGCCACAGCGCCGGGCUGGGACUGAGCACUUUCAACUCAUUUUGAGUUUUUUAAAAAUGUCUGCUUUUAUUCAUUUUGCCUUCAAUUUUUUUUUCAUCUCCAAAGGAGACGGACUCUUGACUUAAGAUCUUUCAUAUCAUUCCAUUCUGAAAAAAAGAGAAAUCUGCUUGAUUAAUAAUAAAGUGCAUUUUUUAGUAAAACUCGA